UCUUGUAAUAUGUAAGGCAACAUCAGUCUGGACCUCAAGUUUGUUUUCCUGACUUUUCUGUAGUACACGCUCUUCGACGGUAAUAUAGAAUCAAAACAAAUAGAUCUGCCCUGUUGAGCACUUAACUGAACCCAGUUAUGUGAUUGGUUGUAUCCUAUCAGUACGUCUGGAAUAAUAACAAAUACUGUGGGCCUAGAUCAACUUAUAUCUAUACAUUUGAGUUUAAUCUACUUAUUCAGCACUACUAUGGCAACAAUACACAUCCUGUUCCCAUGCUAUAAAGCACCUGAUUAUAUUUGAAUCCACAGUUUUGUAAUUAUCAGUAGUUAAUUCUAGCAGUAAUCACAAGUUAGAAGCUGGUAGUUCUAAUUUCCUCAGAUAAGACAUGAACGCAUCAUUAGAUAUACGACUUACGAGCUGGUUAUCCCAUCGGAAGUGGAACCAUGAUGGCUGAAACGAAAGAAUACACUUGCACACCUCCAAAAGAGUUCUUCAAGGAGUCAUCACUGUGGCUUUUAGGAAAGUCCCACUUCCCGUUUUAUAUUGAGCUGGGGCCAGGAUGUAAUUAGCCUAGCUUAACAUUAAGAGAGGAACCAGAGGGGAAGAGCUAGCCUGAUGAAGAAAUUAAACACCAGACUUAGUUUUUAAAAAUAAUCAAGUCACCUAAGGGGUUUCAAUCUGCGUCACAGUCACUAAUGCCCUGUGCAGAAGUACUACUGUAGGGCGGAUUGAUACACUGUUUGUUAAAUACAAUAGUUCCAGCACUUAACUGUCCUAAAGUUACAGCGUGAUGUGUCUAAUUUAUUAAACAUACUUCAACGGGUUCACUCAGGAGCAUUAGAGGUGUUAAUUGGCAGAUUUUUAGACUUUUAAUUUACAGAAAUAGGCUAGCUGGUCCCCCCCCCCCCCCCCCCCGUUUCAAGUCUUUAUGCUAAAAUACGCAAAUGUGAGUCACCUGCUGGCUGAAGCUGCACACUAACACAGAGAGAUGAUAGUGGUAUGAAACCUCUCAUCGGAGUCUCAUAAAGAAAGCAAACAAACGUGUUUCCCAACCUUUACUGAGCUUUUUUCUUCAAAUGGAACUUUUAUCGUUCUUUUUCGCUGUAGCUGGACAUAAAGUGACCUCGAGCAAACAAAUCAUAUAAAGGUACAGAGAAAGAUUAGACAACAGCAUAUGCAUUUUUAAACUCUCUUUACACGUGACACUAGAAAAGAACAUGUUAAUUUACAACCCUCAACAACAGGACAGCGAGGUUAUGAUCCAGAUGUGUCAAAUCCUUCUUUUUAAAGGAUGAAAAUCCCUCUUAUCUGUAUGUGAUGAUGAGUGUGUGUAUCAUUAUAAUAUGCUCCAUUCAGGAAAUGUGCUUUUAUGUAAAGUGAGACUUAUAUUUUUUUUCGAUUGGAAAUUUGAUGACAAAUGAAUUGUGUAUAUAAAGAUACAGAUUAAAUGAUGCCAUCUCUCAAAAUGUUUACAUGAUAUGAUGUGUCUUUGCCUGGUGUGGGAAUGUGCAGGAGGGUUUGUGCUUCAUUAGGUUCACUUUGUAUAAUAUUAUAAUAUUUGUGCACAGUGUAUUUAUGUAAAGCUCUAACCAUCCCAGAUAAAUAUUUAAUUCUGUAACCUUUAUGUAUCAUAAGACAUACGUGACUGAGCGCCUGAAUACAUUUAAGUGGGAUUUCUUUUCCUUUUCUUUUUGUUAGUUAUUUUAUCACAGAUUUAAAAUACAAAUAUAUAUGUAUAUAGUUUUAUCAUCUCAACAUUCCCAGGAUUUUUUGUCAAUUUUCAACUGUUACGUGUUUCCAAAUGUUUGUUUCUGUAACAUCAAAAUUUGUCGGAUUAAAUAAACUUGGGUGAAAACGGGAAUGUCAGCAAAUGGUCUUGUAAUUUUAACUGAGUGGUAUUAGUGACCAGCACCCUGGAGAUCAGUUACCUGCUAUUGGUCCCUGUUGUGCUCCACCCCUGAGUGAUAACACGUGUUGUUCCAGCAGGUGGUAAGAUUCACUUAAACACUUUUUAAACUGAAAAGAAGUCCUGCAGGAGAAGUCAUACCAGGGAAUGGAGGUUUCAGUGGAUUCAGAGAAACAACAUUUGAUUGAGGCUCAUUUGGAGCCACUAAGCUGGCCGCGUUCCCCAGAGGAAAACUGUUCAGACUCGGCCUCAUCAGAGUUCAGUGACGAUGUGUCCAGCAUGGACGGCCUGCAGCUGCCUGAGCGGCUCUGCCAGGAGACGGACAACAUGUCAGGUGCCGAAGGUGAAGCCAGACGUUUAGCCAGAAGGAAGCUUGCCAUCGCCUGUGCUGUCAGCCUCUGCUUCAUGACAGGAGAGGUGAUUGGUGGAUACGCCGCUCACAGUCUGGCUAUCAUGACUGACGCAGCUCAUCUUCUGACAGACUUUGGCAGCAUCGUGAUCAGCCUCUUCUCUCUGUGGAUCUCAUCCAGGCCGCAAACACACAAAAUGACUUUCGGCUGGUAUCGAGCAGAGAUUCUGGGCAUGUUACUGUCGGUCGUGUCCAUCUGGGUGUUGACAGCACUGUUGUUCGUAUCGGCCGUACAGAGGAUCACUGACGGAGACUAUGACAUCGACACUCAGAUCAUGCUCAUAACCUCGGGCUGUGCUGUUGGGGUCAACGUCCUGAUGAUCCUGAUCCUCCAUCAGUCUGGAUCCUCACACGGUCACAGCCACAGUUUACCCUCCAGCAGCAUGCAGAGGGACACACAGAGUCAUGGGCACAGCCACCGUCACGGCCACGGCCACGGCAACGCCAGCGUGAAGGCGGCUUUCAUCCACGUGGUUGGAGAUCUGGUGCAAAGUGUGGGAGUCCUGCUCGCCGCCACCAUCAUCCACUUCUGGCCUGAAUACAAAGUGGUAGAUCCAAUUUGUACGUUCCUGUUCUCGGUUCUUGUGGUUGGAACAACUCUGCCAGUCUCAAAGGAUAUUUUCAGGAUACUGAUGGAGGGCGCUCCUCAACACGUAACCUUCAGCUCCGUCAGAGAUGUGCUGCUGUCUGUCAGAGGAGUAGUGUCUGUUCACAGUUUGCACAUGUGGAGCCUCAACUUGAAUCAGUCUCUACUUUCAGUGCACGUGGUCGCAGGGAAAGAUGCUGAUUCACAAAGCGUCCUGACGAAAACAACAAAGCGUGUGCGCUCUGAGUUUGGUUUCUCCAGCAUCACGAUACAAGUGGAGCGAUAAAAUGCCGACUGCUGACUGACCCUCGAGUGUAAGAGACUUGUGGCAGGGCAGGAGCCUUCCUCAAACGCUGGUUACUCCUGCACAAAGCAUCUUAAUAUUCAUUUACAGGAACCUUUGCUAUUUUUUGAAUGUAUGGAAGUCAGUUUUUCUUCUGU